AUGUUCUUUUUCUGGUUGCACUUUGAGUGCCGGGCUCAAUACUUGGCGGUAUAUGAAACGAAGUAUUCGACGAUUGAAGCGAGGUACAAAACACAAACCAACUUCAAGGCCUCUCGUCUUCUCCUCUAUAUCGCGCCCUACAAAUGCUUCGUCGGGACGGCUGUCAUUGUGUUAUACCAAUAUUUUGUCAACUACUCCCAGUAUCGACAGACUUUUCAUAGCUAUAUGCUAUAUACUUUCUUCCAUUUACAGUUAACCCUUCAAAUUUGGAUCGUUAUUCUAACUGACAUCGACUUGAGAGAAAUGGGUGGCUAUGGUGCGCUCGUCCACCCGGCAUAUAUGGAAGAGUAUUUCACGCAUUUAAUGAUAAUAGAAUUAACCUUUGCGCUGAUAGUCCUGGGAUCGUUUAUACCAUUUUAUACAUUAUUAACGAGGAAGAAGCGAUUUCACCCUAAUUUGACUAUUAUGCUGCUAUUUCAACCGUCAUCAGUGUUGGUAGCAGCUAUCCUACGGAUGAUUCGGCAUAUUCUACAAAAAUCUGGGGUUCUAACCGACCCAUUUCAGUUUAAAUGCUUGUCAUUUGCUUCGGAUUUUAUGGCUGGUACGUCAGGCUACAUGACGUUCUCCAUCGCCCUCGAGCGCUAUGUAGCCAUGAAAAAUUUGGAAACGUACGAGGAGCUAUAUCCAAGCGAUAAACUUGGGAUAGUGUUAAUUAUAGUCAUGUUCUUCAUCCAUUUCAUCGAAGCCGUGGCCCUGUACAACACCCAAACAAACUACAAAACGUCGCGAGUAUUGCUCCAAAUCGCCCCUUAUAAAUGCUUUGCCUCAACCUCGGUGUUGCUAAUGUAUCAAUUCCUUGUCGAUAAUUCGCUCUAUGUGCAAACGUUCUACACCUACGUUAUGUUUAUUAUUUUUGCGGUUGAGAAUACGGUGUUGAUAUGGGUCUAUAUUUUCGGGGAUUUUGAACUGAAGACGCGAUUUUAUGCGUUGCUCAAUCUGAAUAGCUCAACCUCACAAACAUUGAGAAGUGCCGAUGGGAAUCGACUGAACUUCGCUGGUGAUGAGGAGGCUGAAAUAUAUUUUAAACAGUUUAAGAAUUUGUGG